CUGGACAACACCUUUAAGAGCGUUUACGGGCUCGCGGUCGCCGACAUAAACGGUGACGGGCAGCUUGACAUCAUCGCUGGCUCUACAGGCGAACCCAUCAUUGCUUGGUACGAGGCACCCCACUGGAAAAGGCAUCUCGUGACCGAUCAGGGUAGCGGACACAUCACUAUCGCCCCUUACGAUCUCACCGGCAACGGCACUCCUGACCUCAUUGUAGGGAGUGGUUUCAAUCGCGGGGUCAACGCCGCAGGUGGAUACCUCCAAUGGCUUGAGGCACCCGUGCAAGACGGACAGAACUGGAAAAGCCACCGCAUCGCCGAUGUCCCCUUCAUCCACCGUAUCGCACUCGCGAAUCUCUCUAAGAGCACAUCAACAUCGGUUCCUUUUCUCAUCGUUGCAUCGAUCCGCGGUGAGGACGGUAAACCCGGCGAAUGGCAUAGCCCUGGUUCCCUCUGGUGCUAUGAAUUGUCGAAUACCCCGCAGGAAGCAGCCUCUUGGCAAUCCCACCUUCUUGACGAUUCCCUCCAUAUCAACCACGGUUUGAGUAUCAACGAUGUUGACCGAGAUGGACGCGAUGAUGUCCUGAUUAGUUGCACGGAGGGUUUAAUCUGGUACGAGCCGCCUGUUGCACCGAUGACGGACGAUUGGGGCAAAUGGAUCAUCAGCGACCGAGAGUGUAGCGACACAUUCGCCGCCGACAUUGAUGGCGACGGUAUCAACGAAAUUUUAGCGAUUGAGCCGUGGCACGGGAACAAUCUCGUCUGGUAUAAAGCCACCGGCGAUCUGCGAACCGAUCCGUGGCAUCGCUAUCUCAUCGACGACACACUCAACCGAGGGCACUCCCUCGCCGCUGUUGACGUUGACGAUGAUGGGGUGCUUGAGGUUAUCUGUGGCUACAACGGCGAAGGCACGAGUUUGCAUCUCUACCGUCCAGAGGAUCUGGCACAGAACCGAUGGAGUAAAGAGACGAUUGAUGAGGGUGGCUUAGGCGUUGGACAGAUGCAGGUGUUGGACAUGAACGGAAACGGCAGAUUGGACAUCGUCGCCAGCGGUCUCAGCACCGGUAACGUCAAGUGGUAUGAAAACCAACCCAGUUGA